UACUUUCUUGACCAUUUAGUUUAGUUUUAGAAUUAUAAAAAUGUCAAAAGAACGUGCUUCAACAGAUUCCAAUGAACUAAACCUAAAUGACAAGGAAACAGAUAACUUUAAGCUAAACCAAAAUGGCGCUCACAAUCAGCCAAACAAAGAUGGCGCUGAAGUAGAUCAUUUUAAAACAAACCACGAUGCGACUGCAUAUGAUCAUUUCAAACCAAAUCAAGAUGAGGCUGAAUUUACCGAACCAAACCAAAAUGGCGCUGGGGCUGUUCACUUUAAACAAAACCAUAAUGGCGCGGAUAUUAAUCAUUUCAAACCAAUUCGUACCAAACGAAACCAAAAUGGGGCAGCGGCUGAUUCCUCCAAACCAACCCAAUGGAUACAAGAAGAUUGCCAGGGUGAACGUGGUGGAUGCUCUCUUGAAAAUUUAAGAAGAAAGAAUGAAGCCCUAAGAUUGAAUUUAGAAAAUUUGCAAUCACAGAUGGAUUCACAAAUUCUGAAACUGAGAACUGAAUAUGAGGAGCAGUUGUCUCAGAUGGAAACCAGAUUUCAGGGAAAACAAAUUUAA